AUGAGUGGAGAUACUGGAGUAUCAGCAUUUCCUGAGGGUGAAAACAUCUUCUCUUGGAUCGGUACCAUUGAGGGAAGCAAAGGAACUCCAUACAAAGGCUUGUUGUACAAGCUGUCACUAAGCUUCCCAUUGGUCUAUCCAUUUAAGCCACCCCUGGUUAAGUUUGAAACUCCAUGCUUCCAUCCAAAUAUUGAUCAAUGUGGCAACAUUUGUUUAGACAUCCUUCAGGACAUGUGGUCUUCCGCAUAUGAUUGCAGAACGAUCUUGUUAUCUAUACAGAGCUUGUUAGGAGAACCCAAUAAUGAAAGUCCUCUCAAUAGCUAUGCUGCAACACUGUGGAGCAACCAAGAAGAUUACAAGAAGAUGGUCCACAAGCAGUACAUGGAUAAUAUCUGAAUGUGACUGCAUCAAACGACUGUAAUUUCUGAACCAUGCCAUUGGAUCAAACAACUGUAAGCUCUUUCAAGCGCUUAGCUUGGCUUGACAUCUCUCUCUCUCUCUCUCUCUCUCUCUACAGAUAACACCCUAUAUCUGCUUUUCUUUUUCCACUGUAAUAAUAAGGAGACUUCAAUCUGGUUAAAGCAUCUGGAAGAACGGAUGUAUCUUUGUGUAUUGUCUGAUAACUCAGAACAUAAAGGGAAAUAUCAUAUACUGAUUGGAUAGUUACAAUCAUAUCAUAAUGUUCGUAAACUUCUAUGUUUCGAUUCUA